AUGGAUCAUAUAGGUUCAAGAGAAAGUGAUCUGGAUUUUGACUUGGAAAGUGGCGAGACCGAUUCUGGCAGUGAAGAAGAUGGAAGUGAGGAGUCUGAUUCCCAUGGUCAAGAUUCCAAGAGAUUAUUCAGGGGAAGGAGUGGAUACUUGUUUAUUGAAGGAUCAAAAAUAACUAAUGAUGCUGUAGACACAAGAAAAAAGGUAUCAAAUAUUGAUGAGACUAGGAAUGUGAUAGGAGGAAUUGAAAAGAGAAUGGGGGAUAAACAGAAAACGAGAGGUUCUGAGAGGCAUCCGAAGCCACCUCGGCCUCCUACGGGUCCAUCAUUACAUGCAGCCGAUAUUGAGUUGGUUAAAGAAAUUUCAAAGCGUACUAGGUUGCGGCGUGCAAGGAGAGAAAGACGGAAGGCAUUGAAGAAUAUGAAAACUGAUAGAUCAUCAUCUGCAAAUAUUAACCUGUUGGCCAUAAUCAUCACAGCUGUCUUCUGCUAUGUGAUAAUCUUCCAAGGUAUGAAUAAGGGGAAAGUGCACAGAUACGAGUGA